AUGGGUACUAACAAAAUCUUCAUCGUGUUGUCUUUAAUCAUUGCAUUUUCAUCAGCAAACAUCAAGUUCAGCUCCGCGGCUCGUCAACUUUUGCAAACAUCAAACACACUACCUGCUAUUCCCACAAUUCCAAAUGGUCCGACUGUACUGCCUACAAUGCCUAACAUUCCAAAUUUCUCAUUGCCUCCUCCAUUGUCUAGAACUCAGAACUUUCCAACAACUGCCGUUCCUUCAUCAGUUGCACCUAUAUUCCCUGAUACAUUUAGUUUCCUGAGCCCUCCUCCUCCUUUUAGAGUAACAAGCAGUACUAGUCCUUGA